AUCGCGUACCUCGUAUCAAAAUUAAAAAUUUUAGAAAAUUUUAGAUUCUUCUAACAUGACGAGUGGACUUGCAUCAAUUUUUGUGAUUUUUAUGAUAUGCUAUGUGACGUCAAUUCAUGGACAAACCGCUUCCUCUACAGUAGAACCUGCCGUUAAUGAAACUGACUCUAGAAGAACCAUUGAUGUUCAACUUGGUGAAGCUAAUUUAAAUUUGAAUGAGAGAAAACCAAUAGAUGAAACUAUUAUUCUUUAUGCGCUAAAGAGAAUAUUUCAAUUUUUUGGACCAAUCGGUACUUUCAUAGAACCAUUUCUAACUCCAAUAGUAAAGCUUAAAAUUAGACUUGUGAAAAGUCUACUACCAAUACUAUUUGGAUUCAUGGGAGUUGACGCAUCAUAGAAAACAUAAUUUGACGGAUUCUUGAAGAAAAUUUUUUUGGAAUAUGCAUUAUAUAAUAUUUAUUGUUUCACUAAUAUAUUUGUACUA